AUGAGUUUCGGGUUUGGUGUCGGCGAUUUCAUCGCUGUCAUAGACAAGUUGAGACACUGCCACGACAGAUUUUCUGAGGCGCCUGAGCUGUUUGUCUCUCUAGUUAGGAACGUGGAGAUCAUCAAACCGCUUCUCGAAGAAGCCCGUUGCCCACAGCAGAAUCUCAAUGAUGAAGACCAAAAGAUACUGGAGAACAUCAUCGAAGGUUCCUACAAGGACCUUAAGAGAUUGAAAAAAGUCUUGGAUGAUUGCAAGGAACUCAACAAGCCCCUCGAAAAGAGAAGGUGGGACAAGUCGAAGCUUUUGCAGUUUCUCCAACGGUUACAGCUCGACCCAAAAGUGAUCGACGGCAUUCAAUCAAGUCUCUCCAUCAAAAUCACACUACUGAAUACCCUCAAGAGCGCGUCAGAUAGUCGAGUCAUACAAAGCACAAAGCAAGCGGUGGAUUCGAUGCACCAUGAGCAAGUCAGCAAACGUCAACAGGAAAUCUUGGAGUGGCUGACGCCAUCCAACUAUUCAUCACAACAACGAGAUUACUUCUCCACAAGGCACCCAGAAACAGCAUCCUGGCUACUAGAGUCCAAGGAAUUUGAAUGGGUAGCAAACAGAGGCCAGACUCUGCUGUGCCAUGGGAUGCCAGGGGCCGGCAAGACCAUCAUGACUUCCGUCGUCAUAGACCAUUUGACACAACGGUUCCGUGAGGAACCGAGGGUCGGGAUAGCCUACGUUUACUGCAACUUCAAGGACACCGAACGCCAAGAUUGCCACGAUCUCUUGUCUAGUCUAGCGAAGCAGCUGGCGCAAUCCUGCUCUGAAUUCCCUCAAAGUCUUGAGACGCUCUACGACAAACACCAGAAGCGGAAUACCUCAAGAUCUACUCAAGAGACCAUCGAUCUGCUCCAGGUCUUAUCCUCCUGCUACGAAAGUAUAUUCAUCGUUGUUGACGCCUUGGAUGAGUGUGAUAGAAACGCUCGACAAGCUUUUCUUCCAGAAAUCCUCCGGCUACAACAAAGAUCUCAAGUCAAUAUUUUUGCAACCACCAGAGAAAUUCCUGAGAUCUUGGAGUCGAAGGAAUUUGAGAAUUCUAUCUCUGUAGAAAUCAGGGCUAUUCAGGAGGACGUACUAAGAUACACGUCAGAUCGUAUGACCCGCAUGCAGAGCUUUGUUCGCAACAACCUUGAUUUACAGAAGGAAAUCAGACACACCAUUGCAGAAAAGGUUAACGGAAUGUUCCUGUUGGCGAGACUGCUCAUCGAUGCUUGGUCUAACAAGCUGAGCCCGAAGGAGCUCAAGAAGGCACUCAAAGUCUUUGGAGAAACGAGUGAAAAGGCAAACAUCUACUCAGCCGUAUACAAUGAGGCCAUGAAUCGGAUUAGGUCUCAACCCUCUGAGCACGUUGAGCUCGCGCUGAACGUUCUCUCUUGGACAACAGGCGCCAAGAGGCCUCUUACAAUCGAAGAGCUGCAGCAUGCCCUCGCUGUCGAAGAGGGAGAAACGGAUAUAGACCAGGACAACAUCAUACCAGUCGAAACCAUGAUCUCUGUAUGUGCUGGACUUGUAACAGUCAGUGAGCGAAGGGGUCGCGUGAUACAACUUGUUCACCAGACAACACAAGAGUACUUCGAGAGGAAAAGACAUCAGUUUUUCCCAGAUAUUGACUCUCAAAUCGCAAUCGCAUGUACCAAUUACCUUUCGAUCAAGAAUGUUUACAAGCCCUCCGGAGACUCUGACUCCGACUCCGACUUCGAGUUCAAGUUCGAACGGCGACAUUUGCAAAGUCGCAGAUACAAGUCCGCUCCAUUCUUCGACUAUGCAACUCUAUACUGGGGGGAACACACACGAGAGAGCUCGAUUAUCCCGACAGAAGUAGUUGGGUUUCUUCGGAACCAAGACGCACGUAAUAGAUCCGCUUCGGUGCUGGGACAACUACGUUGGAUGCCAUCUAUCCCUCGCACGUCGGCACAAGUGGCAGCAUAUUUCGGGAUUCUCCAAUUGUUCACCAACUAUACUCUCCCGGAAAUCGACAUGUACUCGGUUGACGAAAGUGGUAAAACCGCGUUGUGGUGGGCUGCCUUCGCAAAUCGGUUAGAUGUUGUCAAGUUUUACCUCGACAGCGACGCCAUCGAGCACACCCCGCUUGAAUCACAUUCACCAUGCACUGAAACUUUCAAGAGAAAAGUAUCGAUUCAGUGUUUCCGAGAAUGCAUGCGAGUAGCUAUAGAGAAAAAACACGCGGCUGUGCUAGAUGCUUUCAUCGGGUUCUCCGCUGAGCGAAGGCUCAAUGGGGAUCCUGAGCAGGACAAGGAGUCAUGCAUCUUCUCACAGCCUAUCAGCCAGAAGGAUGUCAAUUGGCUCAACGAGGACUACUUGAACUAUCUUUCAGCCGUCUCAACAUCAGCGAACGAAAUUCGACCCAUUCCAUUGAAUUUCAUGCUUGACGAGCUAUUAAUACUCCUUUCCAGAGGAGAAAGCUUUGAUUCUAGUGAGAUAUCACUAUUGGAUCAAGGGCUCGCCGAGACGUUGAGGCUGCUUCUGAAGCUAGGGGCCAACCUCGACAUGUCGAAUAACAUGGGAAAGAUACUUUGCGCGCCCGCUCUUAUGGGAUUACACUCAACAUUCAGAUUUCUUAUGACAGAAGGGACUUGCGUCAGUACACGGGAUGCAGGUGAGAAGAUUCUCACAUCAGUGGCCGGCAUGACGGGCAAAGGGUCAGCUCUAUCUGCGCUCAUCAACCGCGCAGUCAUUACUGAAAGACACGACUUGAUCAGUCAAGAACCGAAUGUUGAAAGCCCCCCAUCAAUUGAUGUAGAGGAAAGCGUUAUAUCCGCUCUUAAACUGCUCGUAGAGAUGGGAGCGGACAUCGGAGCCCGAGACCACAAGGGCAAGACCCCGACAUACUGGGCCAUCGUCUCUAGAAAUAUCCCAGCUCUUCGUUUCCUGUUAGAGAACAAUGUCGAGGCAGAGGUCGAAUCAACUUGGGGAAAGCGCCCUUUACUACAGGCUGCUGUCGGGAGCAACAUGGCGGUUGUAGAACUUAUUCUUGACCAUAAUGCCGACAUUGAAGCUGCAGAUAAGAAAGGACGGACCGCAUUAUCAUGGGCAGCAGGAUGCGGCAAUCUCGCGACUGUGCAACUUCUCUUGAAGAGAGGUACCAAGGUUGACGUCCCGGAUAAAGGUGGUCGAACCCCCUUAGCUUGGGCAUGCGCAGCGGAAGACACAAAGGACCAAAUCAUCCGGACUCUCCUGGCACACGGCGCCAGCCCAGACAUUGGGGGCAGCGCCGGUGCUAUAUGGCUUUACGCUCGUCAUAAAUUUGAUCUUGCCAUCAUUGAUAUGUUUUGUCAGCAUGGUUUUGACAUGUGCUCAGAGGACGACUUAGGGGCAACGCUGCUAUGUUAUGCUGCAAGCCAUGGAUCAGCGGAAGCUUUCAAGAUGAUCCUAGAGCUGACAAAUCUGGACUUGAACUCGAAGGACCACAGCGGCCGAACGGUUUUGUGGUAUGCAAUGAAGGGAGCUCCCUGGCGCAGAUCCAACACAGAGGUUGUGAGAAUGAUAUCGGAUGACCCCAAGGCCGACCAUGACUGCCUUGGCAUACAACAAGCUCUGAUUCAGGCGAUCGAUCACAAUUUCGUGGGACUUUCCCGGUGUCUGCUCACUCGCGAGGGCGUGAGUAUCAAUGGGGAGUUCAAUGGGAAGGAUGCUAUGUUGUAUGCAGCUGAGAAAGGAAGGUUGUCAAUUUUCAUGUCACUCAGAGAGUGUGGAGCUGUGUGGGGACAGAAUCAAUGCGAGAACGUGGAAAUACUGUCAAGCAAUCUGUGGAGAUUUAUGGAAAUUAACGUGAAAGAGGGAAUUUACAGGUGGUCUUAUCACAAAGGUCGGCUGUUGUAA